UGGCGUGAGGUGGCUGGUGAGGGGCGCGCUGUGGUGUUUCGUGUUGCCUGGUGAACUUAUGGCUUCGGCAAAGACAGUGGCAAGUUUGAAAAAUCGACAGUGUGUCAAGGAUUACAUUUUGACCGCCAUUGACCAGCUGAAGCAGCGCAAAGCUCGUCCAGAUCGGUACCGCAUUGCCUAUGUUCUCAGCAAGCAAUUCGGAGUGGAUGUUGAAGCUGCUAACGACACAUUGGAGCAAAUGACAGAUGAACACAAGAUUGUUCGGGUGGACUACAAGGGUUCUGUGAGCUACAGAGACAUCAGAAACUGGAUACGCGUCAACGAUAAUAUUCAAGGGAUAUCCAUGUACGGAGGUGCCUUUAUCCUGAAUUCUGAUCGGGCUAGUGCUGCCAUCCACGAAGCGGUCAAAUCGUUAGCACUUGAUAAAAAUGCAAGGACAGUGACCUUGGCCGAGGUGGAAAAAUACUUCAAAGACAAGGCACAUAAUCAAUACACCACCGCGCCUUUGGCCGUCGCGCUUCAACGUGAAGUGAACGCCGGGCACCUGCUGAAAGCGGGCGUCAAUGUUUUCGCUCUCCAGACAUCGAAAAAACAAAAACAGGAGAUGAUGGUAAACCGGACAGAAUCACCUACAUCAGAGGGGACUUCAGAUGGAAACGAUGCCAUCAAUGACAACGGAAAAAGAGUAAAGAAAACCAAGGUGAUCUUCGACCCGAGCGAGACGCGCCCGACGCAAACCGACCAGCCGGCGGCCAAGCGAGCAAAGAAGAUGGUGAUGAGCGCUCUUAGCUCGUCCGCUGCCGCCGCCGUCGCUGCUGCCCCUGCCGCGGCCACCGCCGCCGCCACUGCAACCUCCACGUCCACCGUCACCGCUACCGCCUCCACGACCGCCCCGGCCAGGCGUGUGUGCAACUUCUGUCACAAGCAGACCAAACAUGAGGUGGUGCUGGUGUGUCGUCAGUGCCAGACGCCAGCGCACCCGAGCUGCUUGGGAUACAGCAGACGCCUGGCCAAGGUCGUGCAAAAUCACCCGUGGACAUGCAUGGACUGCAAGACCUGCAAGCUCUGCCGGGACGUGGGUGGGGAGCUGAUAUUCUGCGACAAGUGCGACGAGGCGUACCACAUGGUGUGCCACCGGCCGGUGGUGCGGCGAAAGCCGGUCGGCGAGUGGAUGUGUCUGCAGUGUCGCGGUGGCAAGCCCGGUCCCGGCCGGCCCGCCAAGCUAGCUUGGAAGCCACAAUCGCCGCCUGCCCGUGAGCUGCUGGCGAAGCCGGCGGCGGUGGCGGCGUCGCAACCGAAGGUAGCGCAGAAAACCGCGCCGAAGCCAGCACUAAAGUUGGCUCAAAAGCCGGCGCCGAAAUCGGUGCAGAAGCCGGCGCAGAAGCCGGUGCAGAAGCCGGCGCAAAAACCGCCGCCGAAGCCGGCGCCGAAGCCGGCGCCGGUUGCGGUGGCGGUCCGGCUGGACUGGCCGCUGCAGCUGUUGGACGCGCCGGUGGACCCCAGCGUACCGGACGCUUCCGGCUGGAGCACCGCCGAGGUGGCCGCUUACUUCAGCCGUCACGGCUUCGCCCAACACGCCGACGCCUUCCGCAAGCACGAGGUGGACGGACCGGCGCUGCUGAUGCUGGCCAGGAUGGACGUGCUGCGAGGCCUUGGCCUGAAGCUCGGGCCCGCGCUCAAAGUCUACAACCACGUCAAGCUGUUGCAGACACGGCGGCGAGCCUGUCUGGACUUCUGCCUACUCUGAGCACCGAUAGAUGACAGUCUGUGCAGCGAGCUUGCGUGGACUUCUCCCUGCUGUGAGUGUCAAUAGAUGGCAGAUGUGGCGGGCUUGCGUGGCCUGCAUCCCGUGAACGCCGAUAACAUGACGGGCUUGCUUGAAAUUCUGCCUGCCGUGACUGGCGAUAGAUGGCACUUCCAGCGCCUCGCGGCUUUCGAAUAAUACGUCCGCGAGCUGUGUCCCUCCUUCAUGUCAUGGAUGUCAGUGCUCGGAUGUGGGAGGAAUGUUUCACGCCGCCGCCGACACCCGGCCUCAUGUGUGGUUCGGCGGUAGCGGCUGCGGUUAUCAGACUACUUCGCCACCGGAGUGACGGCUGAUUAAUUCGUCGCCAGGCCUGUCGUGGACCGGGCCAUCUCGGCGUGUAACGGCGUGGAGGCGCUGGCUGCUUCUCCGGUGUGUGUUGUCAGAUGGCUGUUUUUCGCCGUCGGCUGGCUAAGCUGAGUCAGUCAGAGCUCCGCGUGACACAGAGACCUCAUGCGGUGCUUGGUGUGGCAUCUCCCAUGCUUCCCUGUCGGUAGAAUCAGCUGCGUGAUGUCAUUAGCCGAGAUCUCUGGUAUGUGGAGGCCGCGAGCCAAGUGAAGUGUUUUGGUGGUUUGUAGCAAGGCGGAGUAGGUACCGUGUAUUGCCACCCCGGUGCACCGACGCCGUAAAGGGCGAGACAUAUAUGUACGUGCAUCGAUUCCUGUGCUCGGUCUUCGGAAUGGUUCAGGUACUCAGGUGGUCUGCGUACCCGGGUGAUAUGCAUGCUACCUUUUGUGACGGAGCGAUUGACGUGUAUACAUACAUCAAA